CCGUUUAGACUUUUCGUAGUACUCCCCGUAUCAGUAGGUGCCUCAAAUGCUAUCGCCACUUUACGUUCUUCUGCCACUCUUGGCAUUGGCCGGAGCCGCCAACAUUCCGCACUUUCCCGCCCACCUGACUGUCAAGCACUUGGAGCAAGUGCCCGUGGAGAUCCAGCCCCUGAUCAUCGACGGAUAUGAUGUCCAGGGAGUGGAUAAUGUGCCCUACCUGGUCUCCCUGUCCCUGACCAGGGCCACCUACACCCACCUGUGCGGCGCCAGCAUCAUUGGAAAGAAGUGGCUCUUGACCGCCGCCCACUGCGUCAAGGAGCUGGAGGACUUUAACGGAGAUGCCCUGGGAACUCCAGUCUACGCGGGAAUCACCGACAGAUCCAACGUGACAUCGGCCCAAGUGCGUUAUGUGGAUUUCGUGUCGAAGCACAGAUCCUUUACGGGUGAGGCUGGAAGCGACAACAUUGCCCUGCUUCACGUGUCGGAGAGCUUUGUUUUCUCGGCUCGGGUUCAGCAAAUCGCACUGCCGGAUAUCGACGAUGACUACUCCAACAAGACCACGGCGGUUUACGGCUGGGGACUCACCGACGUGGACAACGACGAGUACUCCAAGCAGUUGAAAUACGCCUUCGCCCCUCUAUUGAAUAGGAAUGCCUGCCAGGAACUGCUGCCCUCGGACGCUCCGCUGAGCAACCAACAGGUGUGUUCGCAGAUAAAGACCUGCUAUGGAGAUGGCGGUAAUCCGCUCAUCUACUGGCCCAUCGAUGGACCCGCGGAACUGGUGGGUCUGGCCUCCUGGAGCUAUGUGCCAUGCGGCUAUGCCAGCCGGCCGACGGUCUACACUUCGGUGACCUCGUACGUGGGCUGGAUCUACCAGGUGAUCGCCGCCUACUACCAGCUGAACUAGGGAGCACCUGGAACUAUCAUUCUUUGCGUAAUACUCUUGUUGUGCAUUAAAACACAGAACCAAAAAACCAAUCUAA